AUGUAUCGUGCAUUUCGGGCACGUCAAGGCCUUCGAUGGCCUAGAGAUCAAUUACGAUCCCCCCGAAGAUGCUACGUCACUGAUGCCGAAAUAGACAAAGCACGGCAGUAUUGCGUUGCGCAAUUGAGACAGUCCGACUAUGAUUCCUACUUGAUUCGAAAUCUACUGCCCAAGUCGCGGCAAGAUGCCUACGAUGCGUUACGAGCUUUCAAUCUAGAGUUGGUACGACUCCCGGAGCUCGUGUCGAACCCCACCAUCGGUCAACUACGCAUGCAGUUCUGGCGAGAUGCUAUCAACAAUACCUUCGCCGACAAACCUCCGAAAGAGCCUAUCAUGAUACUGCUAUAUAAGGUUAUCUCUGAACUCGCUGAGAGAGGUGGAACGCCAAGCUCUAUCAAGUUCUGGUUGUUACGUCUAAUUAAUACUCGUGAGAAGUAUAUGGAUAACCGGCCAUUCACCAGUCUUGCUUCACUGGAGGAAUAUGCGGAGAAUACAUAUUCGACUCUCAUGUAUUCAAAUUUGGCGGCACUUUCCAUCCAUUCCAUGCAUAUGGAUCAUUUGGCCAGCCACAUUGGCAAAGCAUGCGGUAUAGUGGCUACCCUACGAGGUGUCCCGGUUCUAGCCGCUCCGUCGCCCCCCGUAAAGUCACCUGACGGAGCUGGUGUAGGUAGCGGUAGAAACCCAGUCCUUCUGUUACCAUUAGACGUCAUGGCAGAGACAGGUUUGAGAGAAGAGGAUGUGUAUCGAAAGGGCCCCGGCGCCGACGGUUUUCAAGAUGCCAUCUUCAAAGUUGCCACUCGGGCUCAUGACCACCUUAUUACCGCAAGAGAAAUGUUGAAAAACAUUCAUGCAGGACAAAGUCCUGGUCACGAGUACGAGCAUCACGGUGAAGAGCAACACGAAUAUCCAUCGACAGCUCCGGAAGACGACGAUACCAAACGAGACCUCCGUCGGGGUUUCGGCGUUUUAUUGGAGGGAGUCCCAGCUGGUGAUUAUUUAACAAGACUCGAAGCUCAGAACUUCGAUCCGUUUACGAUUAAAAGCAGCUGGAAGCUCCCAUGGCGGUUAUGGAGAGCGGUGAAGGCACAAGAAAUAUGA